ACAAAACAAAAAUGCAGCAAAGGAGACAGAGGAACAGUUAGACAAGUAGAAGCAGGCGAGAGUAUUAUCAGAGAAUACAAAAGAAAGGAUCCCUCAACGUCUUGCAGUGCAAGAGGUUGGGAGUACAAUUGGUCAAUCAAGCUUCAGUAUGUCCAGUCUAACCCAAAUUCCAAUCGGAUCCACUUUUUCUUUUGGAGGCUGAUAUUUCUAGCAAGCCCCAGGUGGUUUUCUCGGGGUGGGGGUGGAGUUUUAUAGCUUCUGUCUUUAUUUUUACCAUAUUAGCAAACGCUUUUACUAAAAGCUAUUUAAUUCUUCGGGCUGAUGGUAAAUGGACUCUUGGGGGAGUUGCUAGGUUAAAGUAUUAGGUGGGAGUGUGCCAGAAAUAUAUAUUAUGGGAUCCAGUGACCAGUACCGGGUCCUGGGCACCAGGGGCAUGAGAGGCUAACCUGGUCCUGCCCCUUCCUUGCUGACAAAAGGGACCGACUCUGGGACAGGGGUGCACCCAACUUGACUAAGGAACAUUUGCUGGGGUAGGGGUGGUGAGCGUCAGGAGCAGGAGGGGUCCGGGUGAGCCGUGCCUCUUCAUACCUGGCUCUUAACGUAUGCUUGCAGACUCGCCCGGACCCCAGCCGGCAGAGGCAGUCCCUGCCUUUUGUGGAGAGCCGAGGCGGGAGGGAGGAGGGACCAGAGGCAUUCUUGAAGUCGCCACGUGGCAGACUGUAGUGCGUCUGUGCAGAAGGCGCCUCGCGCCUACAUUUCCCAGAUUCCUUAGAGCCCUCCUUACGCCAGCCCCCUCCAGCUCCUUCCUCCCUUUCAAGGGCUCCGACUUCAAUUCCCAGGAUGCUUCUGCGAAGACACGCUGGGGUCACGACCCCGCGUUCUCUUUAGCCUUCUGCGGCGUCGCGGCUGGGAGUGGAGCCCGGACGGAGGAGCCGCUCCAGAGCCCAUUACUCCGUGCGGGCGGAGUGUAUUUUCCAGAUUCUGCCUUUCCCUAAGAGGAAUAGAAAAUGACUUCUGGGCUCCUGAUGGCCAGGUCGAUGGAAUUGGUGACGUUCCAGGAUGUGGCUGUGGACUUCACCCAGGAGGAGUGGGGGCACUUGGAGCCGGCUCAGAAGGACCUGUACAGGGAAGUGAUGCUGGAGAACUAUCAGAACUUUGUCUCCCUUGGAGGAAUGCCAGCCCCCAAACCUCCCGUGAUCUCCCAGUUGGAGAGAGGAGAAGCACCAUGGAGAGCAGACAGGGUUUAUUCAGAUUCCUUUAUUCAGAAUACAAGAUAUGAGAUCAAGGAGCCACCUAUAAAUUACGGCAUUUUUAUGGGAGUAUCAGCCAAGGAGAGACUCUCAAAGAAUCCUGUCUGGAAUUCUAAGUUAGGUGAUGCUUGGGAUUUUAAUGUCUGGUUGGAAGGCCAUAAGGAGAAGGAGGAGAGAUGGUCCCAGCAAGUUACAGUCAGCCACAGAACAACUAAUGACUUGGAUGUUCAUGAACAGAAUGCUUUUGGAAGAAGGUUCAAGUUAGGGUCUGUUGUUCCUAGACAAAGAACUAUUACAGGAGUACAGCACCAUCAACAUGACACACUUGGGAAAAGCUUCAAACAGUUGUCAGACAUAAUUGACCAUAAUAGGAAUUCUUUAGGGAAGAAAAUUUGUAACUAUAAGUGCAAGAAGCCUCUCAUUUACCACUCAGACCUUUUUCAGUACCAUAGAUUACACAGUGGAGAGAAACACCAUACAUGUAGUCAGUGUGGGAAAACCUUCAGUAGUAGCUCAUGCCUUAUUGCACAUCAGAGAAUCCAUACUGGAGAGAAGCCUUUUAAAUGUAACGAAUGUACAAAAGCCUACCGGCGUAAAGCCCAUCUUAUUCAACACCAGAGAAUUCAUACUGGAGAGAAACCCUAUGUGUGUAAUGAUUGUGGAAAAGCUUUCAGCAUUGAUUCAUCCCUGGUUAAACAUCAAAGAAUUCAUACUGGAGAAAAGCCCUACAAGUGUAAUCAGUGUGGGAAAGGCUUUAGCCAAAAGGGACACCUUAAUCAACACCAAAGAAUUCAUACUGGAGAGAAACCCUUUACAUGUAAUGAGUGUGGGAAAGCUUUUAGCCAAUAUAAACACCUUAAUGAACACCAGAGAAUUCACACUGGGGAGAAACCCUAUGAAUGUAAUGUAUGUGGGAAAGUUUUCAGACAGUUUGGAAACCUUAGUAAACAUCAGAGAAUUCAUACUGGAGAGAAACCAUAUAAAUGUAACCAGUGUGGGAAAGCUUUCAUUGACAAUUGUGUCCUUAUUCAGCAUGAAAGAAUUCAUACAGGAGAGAAACCAUAUAUAUGUAAUGAAUGUGGGAAGGCCUUCAGUCGAGGGAUAUGCCUCAAGAAACACAAGAGAAUUCACACUGGAGAGAUACCAUAUAAAUGUAAUGACUGUGGGAAAGAGUUCACUGACAAAACAUCCUUUAUUUGUCACCAGAAAAUUCAUACAGGAGAGAAGCUCCAUGAGUGUAUUGACUGUGGGAAAACUUUUUGCCAGAAAGCAAACCUUAAAAAACACAAAAUGAUUCAUACUGGAGAGAAGCCCUUUGAAUGUAAUGAAUGCGGGAAAGCUUUCCGAGUGGUGGGACAGCUUAACAUACAUAAAAGAAUUCAUACUGGAGAGAAACCUUUUAAAUGUAGUGAAUGUGGAAAAGCUUUCAGAGAUAGGGGCGGACUUAGUGUACAUAAGGAAAAACAUGGAGAGAAACGUUACACAUGUAAUGACUGUGGGAAAACAUUCAGAAACCGGGGAUACUUUCGUAUACAUCGGAAAACUCAUAAUCAGGAGAAACGUUAUAAGUGUAAUGAAUGUGGCAAAGACUUCAGCCUAAGAGAAUCCUUUGUUGUUCACCAGAGAAUUCACACUGGAGAGAAGCCUUAUAAAUGUAAUGUAUGUGGAAAAGCCUUUAUUUACAACACAUCCUACAGUAAACAUCUGAGAAUCCAUACGGGGGAGAAGCCCUACACAUGUAAUGAAUGUGGAAAAGCUUUUACUCAGAAGCAUUACCUUACUGAACAUGAGAGAAUCCAUACCGGAGAAAGACCCUUUGAAUGUAAUGAAUGUGGGAAGUCCUUCAGGCAGAAGCAAACUUAUAAGGCUCAUAAAAAAAUUCAUACUAGAGAUAAAUCACUUAAGUAUAAUAAAUGAAUGUUGAAAAGCAUUCAGUUGAACACAUUUAAGAAUAUCAGUAAUUUCAUACUGUUAGACAAUUAAUGUAAAUGAGAUCAGUGUGGAAAAGCUAUAAUUUCAACCCAUAGGGAAACCUACUGCCUCAGAAUUCAUCUGUGACUGAUUGACUAUGGAGCAACCCUUGCAUGUAUAUUUAACUUUUAUUACAGGCUUCAUGUGGAAAUUUUACUGUGGGGUUUUAGUAUGGGAAAUACUUCAUAGGAUCACAAGAUCAUAGGUUUAAAGCUGAAAAGGACCUUAAAAGGACAUCAUGGGCAACUGCCCCAUUUUAAUGUGAUUUGGAGUGGGGAGCAGGGUGAGGCAAUUGGGGUUAAGUGACUUGCCAGUGUCUGAGGCCGGAUUUGAACUCAGGUACUGAAUCCAGGGCCGGUGCUCUAUCCACUGCACCACCUAGCUGCCCCUGACUGCCUCAUUUUAUAGACACACAAAGGAAGGAUAUUAAGUGACUUGCCCAAAAUCAUAGCCAGUAAGUAUAUGAGGCAGUAUUUAAACCCAGGUAUUCCUGACACAGUUUGGUGCCCCACCCACUAGUCUAUGCUUCCUUUAGUCUUUUGUUAAAUAUUGAAAGUCAACAUGUCAACUUUUUUCCCACAAGUUAUAAUAUCGUUUGGGGAUUUGAAAGGGAACGAUAACAAUCGUAGUAAUAAUAAAAACCUUUAAUCUGGAAUGCAUGUUUCCUGCUUUAGGUGUUGAAGUUGUGUGAAUAGAUUCUGAAACAACCCCUAUGGGACAAGUUUCAUAAGUUUAAGUUUGCUAAAGUUAGGAAGAGAUUAACAAUAGAUAAAUACCAGCUGGCCUUUCUGCUCACAACAGUAGAAUAGAUAAUAUAAUUUCUCUGAGGUAAUUAAUCCUGGACUUGGAUGGGUCCACUCUGUACUUGUUUGACCUGGGGGACUGAAAUACCAUUACAGUAGUUGGAGCCCAAAGAUAAUUUGAAAGGAGUUCUGGUUUAACUAUCUUGUGAGAUAGAAAUCCUUCCAUUUAAUAAUAGGAGUUUGAGAAUAAUAAAAGUUUUGAUUUUCUUGCAAGGAAUGGUGAAGUUACAGCAAAUUCUCAGCAGUGUCUGAAUUAGAAUUGGACCCUAGGUUCCCCAAGUCCACAAUUUAUUUGGGAAAUUGAACUAUAAUAUGAUGAAACAUAAAUAGGCUACUAUAUUAAAUUCUCCUUUGGUUCAAGCAUCAUUGGUGUCAGUAACCAACAUAGUGGCAGAUGGAAAUCCCAGAAACUAAAGCGAAGUCAUAUACAGCCCACUUUGCUCUUUUCUUCCAGAUCCCUUCUGCAUGUUAACUCAUUUAUAUUAUAUAAUAAACCAAAGUGGUAUCUACUUACAGGAGUAUGUCCAAAAGUACCUUUUGUGCCCAUUUCCUAUUAACCCCAUAGGUUUUUCUCAUUACUAAUGCAAUAAUUAGGAUGAACAGUCCAGUCCUCCCAUGUGCUCACUACAUUAGAUGUAGUGGUAAGAUAGCACUAGAUACUCUCUUGAUUACCUUGCAGAGGGGAUUCUUUUUCAAUAAUGAUCAGUACUAGAUUGCUACUGUUUUUUAUUUGUUUUUGCAGAGCAAUAGGGAUCAAGUGACUCGUCCAGGGUCACACAGCUAGUAAGUGUCAAAUGUCUGAGGCUGGAUUUGAACUCAGGUACUCCUGAAUCCAGGGCCGGUGCUUUAUCCACUGCGCCCCCUAGCUGCCACCUAGAUGGUUUCUAAUAACCCAUCAUGCUCUGAGGUUAUUUAGUAGUGAGGUGCUAUUUUUCACUUUCUCCUUCAGGCUAGUUCCUGUAGUUUGAUACCAGCCAAGUUGGGAGAGAAAGUUAUAACUCUCUUAGCUACUGAGUGCAUUAAACAUUGUAGGAAUAGGAUUCUUUAAAUAGCAAUGACAAUUAAGCAACCCCUUGUGAAUAGUUCUUUUGAAAAUUAGUUUCUUUAUUUCUUGCUAUAUUCAUUCAUUGUAUUGGAUCAGUUCCUCAGCCUUGUGUGGGGAAAGAUACUCAAACAUGCACAUUGAUAUACGUGACAGGACUCAAUUGGUCCAGGUCUGCAUAGCAGUUUGGUGGUAUGUAAAUAAAAUAUUUAAACUUCAUACACUGAUCCAGAGAUCCCAUUUUCACCAUAUUAUCCCAUAUAAAGAUUAAGAUCCAUCAUAAACUAUUCACAGCAGCACUCAAGCAAAUAAGAGGGUACACUGAUCAGUGAAAGACAAAAAAAUUGGCAUAAUAUUAUACAGUUAGAAUGGAGGAAUCCAGAGAAACCUGGGAAAAUCUGAGGCUGUAUAAUGUUUCCCUUCCAAGAAUCAGUAUAAAGAGACUACAGUAAUGUGAUUUAAAUGAUCACCAUAAGGAAGUGAAACUGUAUAACUGAUAAACAGGAUUUAAGGAAACAAGAUAAUGAAACUACCUUCACUGUGUGUGUGUCUGUGUGUGUGUCUGUGUGUGUGUGUGUAAGGGCAUAACAAAGAUUGUUACAUAAAUUGAAAGUUAAAAUCACUAUAUUGGAACUUUUGACUGUUUUGCUUUGUUACAAGGAAGGCUUAAAUCAGUCUUUCAAAGAAAACAUGUAAAAGAAAAAUAUCAAUAAAGUAUGUAUAUGUAUUUUUAAAA